AUGUCGAAUGUUACUCGACCAUGGUGGAAAGAUGCCACAGUCUACCAGAUCUAUCCUGCGUCUUUCAACGACAGCAACAAUGAUGGCAUCGGAGACAUCCCUGGAAUCGUGCAAAAAUUGGAUUAUAUACAGUCACUCGGUGUCGAAGUAAUAUGGGUUUGUCCUAUUCCUCAAAUCGACAUGGGCUAUGACAUUUCAGAUUACGAGGCCGUCUAUCCUCCAUAUGGCACAGUUCAGGAUAUGGAGAUUCUAAUCAAAGAGACCCAUCAUCGCAACAUGAAGAUUAUUCUUGAUCUUGUUGUCAACCACACAUCAGACCAACACGCUUGGUUUCAAGAAUCUCGAUCAUCAAAAGACAACCCAAAACGUGAUUGGUACAUCUGGAGACCUGCCAAGUAUGACAGCAAUGGCAAUCGCAAGCCUCCAAAUAACUGGCGUGGUAAUUUUGGCGGUUCCGUCUGGCAAUGGGAUGAGUACACUGAAGAAUACUAUCUUCACCUCUUCUGUCCUGAGCAGCCUGAUGUCAAUUGGGAGAAUGAGGAAACUCGUCAAGCAAUCUACAAAUCGGCCAUGAUCUCAUGGCUUGACAAGGGAGUCGACGGCUUCAGGAUCGACACUGUCAACAUGUACAGCAAGCCUAUGGACUUUCCCGACGCUCCCAUCCAGGAUCCUGACACCCCUUGGCAAGACGCUAGUCUUCUGUACUGCAACGGACCCAACAUGGACAAGUAUCUGGACGAGAUGAACGCAAUCUUUGUUCGCUACAACGCAAUGAGUGUAGGCGAAUGUCCAGCAACACCUGAUCGAGCCCGUGUCCUCGCUUAUGUCUCCGCAGAGGCAGAAAAGAUGAAUAUGGUGUUUCAAUUUGACUCGGUUGACGUCGGGCAGAGCAGGCCGUCGAAAUACGAUACUGAGCCAUUCAACUAUACGCUGGCAGACGUUAAAGGCGCGAUUUGCCGUACUCAGAGUCUGCUUGAUGGCACAGAUGCAUGGACGACAAGUUUCAUCGAGAAUCACGAUCAAGCUCGAUGCAUCUCGCGCUUCGGUAAUGACUCUCCCAACUGGCGUACGCGCUCUGGAAAAAUGCUUGCCGUUCUCUUUGCGUCAUUGUCGGGGACUUUGUUCGUGUACCAAGGUCAAGAAAUCGGCAUGAUCAACAUGCCCAAAGACUGGCCCAUUGGAGAGUACAAGGACGUCGACAGUAUCAACUUCUAUUCUGAGAUGGUUCAGAGACACCCUGGAGAUGAAGCGGCACACGCUAAAGCCAGAGCUGGAUUGCAACACUUGUCUCGUGAUCAUGCACGAACUCCAAUGCAAUGGUCAUCACACUUUAAUGCUGGCUUCACUGGUCAAGAUGUCGAGCCAUGGAUGAGGGUCAACACUAGCGCUCAAGAGGGUAUCAACGUCGAAGAUGAGAAAGAGGAUCCCGCAAGUGUCUUGAACUUCUGGCGCCGAAUGCUCAAGGUCCGCAAAGCCCAUGCCAAGGUACUCGUACAUGGCAACUUCCAGCUUGUUGACGACGAUAACGAGAAUGUCUUCUCGUUCACCAAGACAGCUGCUGAUGGCAAGACUAAGGCACUUGUUGUUUGCAACUUUUCUGAUGCUGAGAGUCGGAUUCCUGGUAUCAAUGGCAUAGACACAGCCUCAGCCAAAGUAGUCCUCGACAAUGUGUCUGAUCAGCAGAAAACUGAUACACCUAUGGAGGCAGAGGCCGGUUACGCGUCGCAGUAUCUACAGCCAUGGGAAGCGCGUAUUUACUUGCUCUCCUAG